UCUAAACUCUCACAGGGCUUCUGACACACACUAACACAUACAGAGCUGGCUCUACGUUGUAGGCUCCCUCUUUUAAGCGGUUUCAUUUUCCUGUUGGAGAUCGACUGCAGACACGCAGCUGCCUUUGCAGAACACAAGAAGGACAAGAGGAGACUGCAGUCAUCCCUCAGGCUUCUUCUUCCUGCUGCACCUCAGGAGUUUUACUGAGAGGAAAAACAAGUUCACAUGACAGAAUGGGAGUGAAUGGGUUGCCAGGGAGCCUGAUCCGUGCGGAGUGAAUGGAGGGAGCGCCAAGUGGACGGCAAACUAACUGAGAAUGGAGGACGGCUUUUCCAGCUACAGCAGCCUUUAUGACACCUCAUCCCUGCUCCAGUUCUGCAACGAUGACAGUGCAUCAGCAACCAGCAGCAUGGAGGUGACAGACCGCAUCGCCUCCCUGGAGCAGAGGGUCCAGAUGCAGGAGGAUGAGAUUCAGCUGCUCAAGUCUGCUCUGGCUGAUGUGGUUCGUAGGUUAAACCUGUCGGAGGAGCAGCAGGCCACGGGGUCCCGCAGAGGACCCACCAAAGACCCCACUAAGAUGAGAAAAUCUCCAUCAGCAGACAGCAGUUUUGGCAAGUCAGCCAGGCCGAUGAUCGCCACUCUGCCGUUACGGCCCACGGUCAACAACGGGACCGUCCUGCCAAAGAAAGGCAGCAGCACUCUACCCUCCCCAGCUGGAUCUGGGUCCAGGAAGGACGCCGGUCCUGCAGUCAAUAAGAGAAUUUGGUCCCUCAGCACUGUGAGGAGAGCCAGCUCAAACGAACAUGUGGGAACACUCACUCGCAAGGAUUCGGGGGACUCCAAGGGCAACCGAAACCGGGCCGGGUCCACGGGCAGCAACUCCAGCAGCAAAAGAAGCGACAGCAAACAGAGGGAUCCAGUGUUCAAUGCAGGGAUGCGACGUGUGACCCACUGCAAAGAGGAAGGUUAUGUGAAAAUGUUCUUGAAGGGUCGCCCCGUCACCAUGUUCAUGCCUAAGGACCAAGUGGACAGCUAUAGCCUGGAGGCCCGAGGUGAGCUGCCCAGCAACAAGCUCAAAUUGGACUGGGUCUACGGUUACCGCGGCAGAGACUGUCGCUCCAACCUGUACCUGCUUCCCACUGGAGAAACGGUGUAUUUCAUCGCCUCCGUGGUCGUCCUGUUCAACGUGGACGAGCAGCUGCAGAGACACUACACAGGACACACAGACGACAUCAAAUGCCUGGCCGUCCACCCUGAUAAAAUUACGAUUGCGACCGGGCAAGUAGCAGGAACCUCCUCUGACAGAAAACAGCUGGCUCCUCAUGUCCGUGUUUGGGACUCUGUCAGCCUGAACACGCUCCACGUUCUGGGUACAGGGUUCUUUGACCGAGCUCUUGUCUGCCUGGCUUUCUCAAAGUCGAAUGGAGGAAACACGCUUUGUGUUGUGGAUGACUCCAACGACCACGUCCUCUCUGUGUGGGACUGGCAGAAAGAGGAAAGACUGGCUGAAGCCAAGUGCUCCAAUGAGUCGGUGUUCGGUGCAGACUUUCACCCGACUGAUUGCAACGUCAUUGUGACCUGUGGCAAGUCUCAUCUCUACUUCUGGACUCUGGAGAAAGGCAUGCUGAGCAAAAAGCAGGGGCUGUUUGAGAAACAGGAGAAGCCCAAGUUUGUUCUGUGUGUGACCUUCGCUGAAAAUGGAGAUGCUAUCACAGGAGACUCCAGUGGAAACAUCCUGGUGUGGGGAAAAGGCACUAAUCGCAUCAGCCGCGUCAUCCAGGGAGCUCACGAGGGCAGCAUCUUUGCAGUGUGCAUGCUGAGGAACGGCACGUUGGUGUCCGGCGGGAAGGACCGCAGGCUCAUUUCGUGGGACAGCAGCUACCACCAGAUCCAAACGGUGGAGGUUCUUGAAUUUUUUGGUCCCAUCAGAACCAUAGCAGAGGGCAGAGGGGAGACCGUGCUCAUUGGCACCACCAAGAACUUUGUUUUACAAGGCAGCGUGGAUGAAGCAUUAGUUCCCAUUACUCAGGGUCACACUGACGAAUUGUGGGGUCUGGCGGUUCAUCCCUGGAAGUCUCAGUUCCUGACCUGUGGAUAUGACAGGCAGGUCUGUCUCUGGGACUCCAGCACUCAUCAGCUCAUCUGGACCAAAACCUUGGAGGAUACAGCCCAGUCAGCAGGUUUCCACCCAUCAGGAGCCGUGGUUGCCGUGGGAACCCAAACUGGCAGGUGGCUGGUGCUGGACACGGAUUCGAAGGAUUUAGUUACGGUUCACACAGACGGGAACGAACAGCUGUCGGUGAUGCGUUAUGGGCCAGACGGUAAUUUCCUGGCUAUCGGUUCCCACGACAACUACAUUUACAUCUACGCUGUGGCAGAAAAUGGGAGGAAGUACAGUCGUGUUGGGAAGUGCUCAGGUCACUCCAGUUUCAUCACCCAUUUGGACUGGUCUGUGGACUCCCAGUACCUGGUCUCAAAUUCAGGCGACUAUGAGAUUCUCUACUGGAUCCCAUCAGUGUGCAAACAGGUCGUCAGCGUGGAGACCACCAGAGACAUUGAGUGGUUCACUCACACUUGCACUCUGGGCUUUCAGGUGUUUGGGCUGUGGCCUGAGGGCUCAGAUGGCACCGACAUCAACGCAGCAUGCAGGUCCAAUGACAAGAGCCUCCUGGUUACUGGAGAUGAUUUUGGGAAGGUCCAUCUUUUCUCAUACCCCUGUUCACAGUUCAGGGCUCCGAGCCACAUCUACCGUGGCCACAGCAGCCACGUGACAAACGUGAGCUUCCUUUAUGACGACAGCUACCUGGUGUCCACCGGCGGCAAGGAUAUGAGCGUCCUGCAGUGGAGGAUAGUCUGAGCAGACAAACACUAACAGAAAUAGAAGGAAACUGAACAGAACUGCACUAAGAUAAACCAAACGGAAAACUAUAACUCCAAAUAAGAAGUGGAUGUGAGAGAUCUGAAGUGAUAAACAGAAGCGAUGCUGAAGGUUCACUCUUCAUCUGCUGACGGAUGAAAGGAAAAGCAGGAAAUGUAAGAAGCAGCUGCUUGAAAUAUCGAACUCUUCCCUUUUUCCUUUUUUUAGUCACACUACAUGAACAAAGCAAAAAAACCCUCUCACUGAUUUUAGCCUCGUCAGCAAGGACACAACAUGGAACAAGUCCAACGAACAGAACCAAAGGCUCCAACUUUCUGACUGCACUUAUACAGUUUGGAUGUCACAGCUCUUAUUCUUUGCAGGUUCUGCUCUCAGGAGGUUGUUUCCUUCCAGACAGAACCAUUCCACAGGAAUGGAGCUGGGAUUUUUGUAACUCUUUUAUUUUGUAUUUAACAACUCAGGAAAGCACUAAUGAAUCAAGACCUUUCCCAAUUAACAUAUCAGGAAAAACGUCUGGCAUCCUUAAACACAUCCCGCUUACAAUGCCUUGCAAAAGUAUUGAACUUUUCCAUGUUUACACAUUACUACCACAAACUUUAUUGGAUUUUAUUGGCUUUUAUGAGAUAGACCAACUCAAAAUCGUGCAUUAUUGUGAAAUGGAAGUGUUUCUUGCAUCUAUGUUUAGCCCCCCCUGUGUCAAAAUUUUGCAGAACUACUUUCCACUGCAUUUGCAUCAGCAAAUGUUUUGGGAUAUGCGCCACAUUCUUUUGCAAGAUACAAUAUAUUGCCAAAAGUAUUGGGUCUCAUCACCAGAUCAAUGAAUUCAGGUGUUCCAAUCGGUUCUAUGGCUGCAGGUGUAGAAAGUUCAGUGUGGAGAAACUUGACUGGUCUGCACAAAGUCCUGACCUCCACCUUCUUCAACGCCUUUGGGAUGAUUUAGAGCAGAGGCUGCAGUUCUGCCUUUUGUCAUCUAACUAUAAACACACUCCUCAACCUAGUGGAAGAUGUUUACAAAAUAGUUAAAGUUGCUAUUGCAGGGAACAGUGGUCCAUCCACAAAUUGGACCUUUACAGAUUAAGAAUAGGAUGUCAUCAAAGUUCCUCUAUAUGUAGAAGUAGACAAAUACUUUUGGCAGUAUAGUGUAGCUCAGGCUCAGUCAGAUUGGAUGGAGAGCUUUUGUCAUAACUAACUUUCAAGUUUUGAAACAAAUUUUCAAUUGGAUUUAUGUCUGGACUUUGACUAGGCCAUUCUAACACAUGAAAAUCCUUUGAUCUAAACC